GGCCGGUCGCUCAGUUACGCCACAAUCGUAGUAUGUGACACGUCUAUUUAGAAUUACUACGUAUUUAAAAAGUGAUAGAAAUUAGGAUUGCAACAAAGUGGUUUUGGUGUUUUAAUUACUCGAAACCACUUUAAUAUGUGAAUUGUGACGGAAAAUUGACGUACCAGUUUAUAAUGAACGUGAAAAGAGACAAGUGUGCUAUUGUGACUGGAAAUAUGUGGAUUAAAAUGGAUCGAAGAGGUUAUGCAGCAAAGGGCGCCUGUGGUGCCAAAUAAUAUAAAAUUCCAGCAACCGCAAAUUCCGCAGGCGACUCGAAGAGGUUUAGCAGCUAAUUUCUUCAAAGCGACAUUUAGUUCACGCAGCAAGGCAGUGCCUGCUGCAUCUUCGUAUACGGUUGAAGAAACUAGCAAAAUAGGCAGCGCGGAGACCAAACCUGUUACUAGAAAUCGCCCUAGGACAGCUCCCAUCGAUACAAAACUAAAGAGGCGAAGCGGUGAAAGACCUCAAUUAGUACUAAAACCUGACAACACUUUAGACCCAGCAAGACCUCUACGACACAAACCAGUAACCCCUGAAGCGACCCUAAAAACCCCCGACAAAAAUGACUUAAAGUCCACAAACGUUGUUUUGAAAAUAAUUAAAAAAACACCGCAAAAACCGGUGCCAAAAGUACCUGACAGCAUUUUGCCGCCAUCUUUGAAGCCGAAGAAUCAAGAAAAAACUCAACUUUCAAGGACGAAAUAUGUAAACAAUAACAGCGUUUGGAUCAACGCUAAUGUCACAAAGGAGAGAAAAUCACCUUUGAGAGGACCCAGUCAGGGGAAACAGGAGACCCUCAAGGGCGCUCCCUCUGUGUCCAGUCUCGACUCAAAACAUCAUAAGGUUGCCCCAGCCAGAGAAAAGACCCUUAAACUCUUUGGGUCGAAAGAGAAGCUAAAUAAAGCGCACAAGAAGAAAGAUUUGGGAAACAAUAAUGCCCUGCUAGAGGAAAGGGAAGGUUUUGAGUAUGACGAUGGACAACGAGGUGAUUAUGGGAGCGCUGAAGAGUUUGGACUCGGUUCCGUAGAUGAGAGAGGAUCUCAGGAGUGUAUCAGCUUGCCGGUCAACUUGAAUGAACACAUGCCGGGCUUCCAGGACGUCGAAUUGAGGCCGAGGGUCGCUUCCGAGGCCUCGUUGACAUCAGGAAUACGUGAAAUAGAGUCGCUGAGAAGGGAAUUGGAAGAAAGUAGCAUGGAGAGAAUGGCGCUCCAGGCCCGGGUGGAUGAGUUACUGGAGAAGGAUGGGGAAGCGGAGAGACUCAGGGCAGAGUUGGAAAGGAUCAGGAACCAAGAAGCAGAACGCGAAUCCGCGUUGGAGCGGUUAGCGGACGAGAAUGGCGCGUUACGCGCGCGUCUUCGCGGCGUCGCGCAUUCGCCGCUCUCUGACAGCGAAAAACGUCAGUUACUGCUUGCGCCUGCGCCACGACGAAUGCAUUCUUCUGCUCCUGCUUCUAUUGCACUCGCUCAUAAUGGUGAAAGCGAUACAGGCGAUGCAAGCACUCCAGAAUGGGAUAAGCACUCGUCAUCAUCUCUUAGCGAGGUAUCCGUCGCAUGUUUGCAGGACAGGAUACUGCAGAUGGAGGAGCAUCACUACAGUACAAGCGAAGAGCUCCAAGCGACAUUAGCGGAACUGACCGACUUACAAUCCCAACUGGCUGACGCGCAUGCCGACAAUGAGAGACUGGCCGACGAGAAACAAGUAUUACUCGAGUCGCUUUGCCGACAGACUGAAAAGCUUGAGGAUAGUCGGACUAAGGUCGACACGCUUCAAGAGUUACUUUUAAGGGAGGGAAUCGAACCGGAGACUCUCGGUCCUAUCGACACCGAUCAGCAGCUGUUCGCUGUACUCAAGGUGUCCCAAGAGGAGCGUCGGUUACUGCUAAGUAAGCAGGAACAGUUGGAGGCUGAAUUGAGUGAGAGCAAAGCAGCUCUGGAAGAUAAAGCCAAAGAGAUUGAAGCUCUCACCGACAGGAUUAGGGCCCUGGAAGGAAGCCUUGACCGAGCCGAAGCCGAGAAGACCCAAUGGGAGCAUGAGGCUGGAUCAGCUAGGGAAGUAGCUGCUGCGAGACAGCAUCAGGUCACUACCCUCACUGAAUUGCUGGAUGCUGCUAAGGCUAAGUUGGCUGGAGCAGCAGAAGGUGCAGCACAAGCCGAAGCAGCAUCAACAUCAGCAGCGAGGCGAGAAGCUGAAGCCGCAUCUGCGCGAGCACACGCUUUAGCUGAACGACUUGCGCACGCGCAACGCCAAUUAGAUAGAGCGCAUUCCGAUGCUAGGAAAUUGCACGAUGAUGCCUUGGUGUCUCGCAAUAAUGCAAAGUCGACCAUAUCUGAAUUGGAGUUCCAGCUGGAACAGAUGCGUCAAGAGAAGACCGCUCUGCAGGGGGAAUUGCAGACCUUGCAGGAGAACACGUCGGAGCUACAGAUUCAGGUACAAGUCGCAACAGAUGAAAAACUGGCGCUUAUGUCCCGAGCCGGGGAAGCGUUAGCGCGAGUCGCGGAUCUCGAACGUCAACUUCAAGACGUACGCGCAAAGAACACGCAACUCACACGAGAUAGGGAACGAGACGAGACAGAAUGGAAACAGUUCCAAAGCGAUCUGUUGAUGACCGUACGAGUCGCGAACGACUUCAAGACCGAAGCUCAACGGGAGUUGGAAAGGCUGGUCUCUGAAAACAAAAUGGCGCGCGAUCGAAUCCGUCUUUUGGAGGAUCAGAUGCAUUCGCUAAAAGGUAUUAACAGGUCGGAAAGCGAUGAACAGUUAAGGAAUUCGAUGGCUGAUAAAAACUAUUCAGACGGUCUGGAUACACCAAAUGGUUCAACCGCUGAUAUUUUCCAAAAUAUCAGAUCUAGAUAUCUUUCCCGUGUACACAGUGUUACAGAGUCAAAAGAGAGCAUUGUUGAUCAAGCUUUUUUUAAAGUAACGCCAAAUAAAAAUGAUGAUGGCGCAAAUGAAAAUUACAAAAUGUCUAUUGAAAAUGUUACUUUAGACGAAACAAAUGAUGACGAAUCCUUUUCAUAUAGCGAUCAAUUUUCAGAAGUAUCAACACCGAAAUCUGCUCGAUUAAAGCGUCAAAAUGCUUUUGACUUUUCCACUAACAAAAUAGUGCGACAAAAUGCUAUUUAUGAUAGGGAAGAAGUAGACAGUGGCUCAUCUCCUAAAAAAUUACCUAGAGUUAAAAAUAUUUUUAGUAAAAAUGUAUCAAACAUGUUAAAUGGUAAACCGAAAUCAUUUAGCAUGGAUAAUCUCAAUUCAGGGGAGGAGUACAAGAAUGCGCUUAGCGAAUCGACUAGCAUUGAAUUCUGUGUAAACCGUAGCGCCAGUGAUUUGUCGCUGUAUUCCGAAGGUUCUGAUAGUGUGUUUAUAUCCCCUUUCGUCAAACAUGAUAUUGUCGUUCGUGAAGAUUAUAACCGCCAGAGUCCACCUUUGACAUUAGAAACAUUCAAACCGGUCAAAAAUAUUAUCAGGCUUAAUAAUUCGAAAGAUGAAACAGAUGAUAUUACUGUCGUCAAGGCAGAGUCUCUUCUACCUUACCCAUACCCAGAUACUGGUAAUAAUGCUAUACAACCUUUUUUUGCUCAACCGUCUCAUCUAAUAGAAAAUGAUAAAGUAGAAAGUGAUUUUAAAAAAGUAAAUGAAGAGAUAACCAUAACAUUUAAAAGUGCACUAGAGCGAAUCGAAUCCCCAAAAGCUAUUGAUCAUAAAGGCAUAUCAAAUGAGGAUAUCUAUACGUUAAGGCCUGGACCAGUUUUAUUAAGUCAAGAUAUCACAAAUGACACUCAUCCCGGAAGCCCCCCAAGACCCGAAAGAAGAAAAAACAUUAUCAAAAAGACUAAUCGAUAUAAUUCGUUUGAAGAUAUAACACCAUUUAAAGAUAAAGCUUUGUCAAACAACUUGCAGGUUGAUAAGAAAAACACAAAUGCUUUAAUGCAGGCUAAUAUCGAACAAAACCUAUCAAAAGAUACGAUAAAUGAUAACGUCAGUUAUCGAUUAAAAAUAAACACUCUCAGUGAUUUAGUGCCUACCGAUGUGUCUAAACCAAUUUCGAUAGAACAUAGCUCUAAAUAUGAAAAAGACUUGCCAAGGUUAAACCAACCAGUGAAAACCAUUGAAGAAACAUCGCCAGUAGUUUUGAGUCCUGUCUUAAUACAUCCGAUAUUUUUCACGUCAAGCUUUUUCUCUGGAAAAGAAAUUCAGCAGAAAGAAAAAAAGAAAACGACAAUAUACUAUGAUGACACAGAUAAAGUUUUAAAUUCCGUAAGUACAAUUGUUCCCACAAAAAAGGGAAAUAGCGUCAAAAAUAUACAAUCUACGACUGAGCCUUUCAAACCAGACCCAAAAAAUAAAAAGACAGGUCUGUACCAGAAGAACCCAAAACCAAAACAUCUGGAUUUCAUUUCUAAUAAGAAUGAAUCGAAUGAAAAUUUGGAUCGAUCAUCCUAUUCAACAAACGCUAACAUUAUACCAGUAGUUAAAUUGUCGAAAUCACCGCAAUGGUUAGUAGAUAACAAAUACUAUCAGCCAAUGGAAAAUGUCCCCUUUGUCAUAAAUACAGUUCAAUUCUUCAAUCCCCACUCAUAUGAAGCAAUCAGUCUAAAAAAAGACAAAAACAUUAAAAGACAAGAAUCUGAAAAUUACUAUGAAGAAAUUGGGGAACCGAUUAAUUACAUUAUCAACAAAAACGUAGCGGAUGAAGAUAAAAUCUCAACUAAAACGAGUGAUGAAUUUGAAUCCAUACAACGUGAGGAGCUAUUAAAAGUUCCACGAAAACCCAAAAAGCCAAAAUCUUAUCCUUCAAAGGUUCCGAAUCCCAAAACAACAGACAUUAUUAAAGAAAUGUCCAAAAUUACUAAAUCUGUAAUAUCUUUAUCCCGAUCACCGAGCGCUAAUAGUUUGAAGAAACCCUCAGCGAUAGGACCGAUAAUUCAGACUUUAGAAAAGAAACAGCCGGAACCAAGAAAAAGCCCGAUCCCAUUACGGAAGUUUUCGCUUCAGGUACAGCCAGCAAGUUUAGAAACCAACACAAAUUCUCUUCCACGAGACAAAAAGUACCAUUGGAACACGUUGGAACACAAAAGGCUGUCGCACCCAAUAAGGUCUCUAAAUGACACAUCGAAACCUCUACCGUUGCCUCCGCGCACGGAAGAAGUGUCCACACCUCCACCAUUGUUAUCCAGCGCAUCCUUACAGGAUAUUAUGGCGACUGCCGCGUCACAUCGACGAGCUAAAGGUAUAAACCGCCAAGAUUCGCGUCUAUCAGUAAAAUCUCUAAUAGAGAGUAUUGAAAACGCGGCGAAGGCGGCAAAACAAUCGCCUGCCACCACUCCAGUCACCGAGUGGCCACAGGUACAAUCCACAACACCAACACCACCAAUUAAAAACGGAAUUUCCGAAACAACGCCAUCUAACGGUCAUUCGCCGCCGAGUUUCCCCACAAAGCCUCCUGCGCCGAGAAAUAAUAGGCCUUCGCCUAUUCCAGCAGAGUCGGGCGGUGUGGCGAGCAUCGCAAACAUUCCCGACGAGCAGCGAGCACUGGCUUCACUGCAGCAGAAAGCUAUCGAGUCCUUCGUCAGACGGAACAGCUAUGGAGAUAUCUGUGAAAGAAAAGAUCCCCUAAACGCAUUACAAGUAAAGAACGGAGGAUCGAAACGCAACGCUCUUCUCAAAUGGUGUCAGCAGAAGACGAUGGGAUAUAACAACAUUGAUAUUACCAACUUCAGCUCGUCCUGGAAUGACGGUUUGGCCCUUUGCGCUCUUCUACAUUCGUACUUGGGCGAAGGUCGUAUUCCAUAUUCUUCUCUCACUCCUAACGACAAACGAACCAAUUUCUCUAUGGCCUUUGCCGCUGCUGAGUCUGUCGGAAUACCUACUACACUGAACAUUCAAGACAUGAUACAGCAAGAACGACCCGAUUGGCAGCAGGUGAUGGCCUACGUGACCAGUAUUUACAAGCACUUUGAGACAUAGACCCAAUCACCACACAGAGGUCAACAUUACUAGCCACUUGUCCGACGGUAAUUUUUGACGCCAGCUGUCAAAUGUGUAUUAUAAACCGUCAGUUUUGUCUAACAAAUAUAACGAUUCUGUAGAAAUUCCAUUUCUCCAUCUGUUGCGUCAGAUAUUUUUUGGAUAUAAGGAAAUGACCCUAGUGCUGUUUUUGUGUUUUUUAUUACUAGAGGCUGGAUAAGUUAGUGACAUUGCCUUCUAUACGAUAAAUGGAACAAAACUAGCUUAGGAGAAUUUAUUUCGAUUCUCCGAUAUUCGUGAAGCUCGUUUCUACUGAAUAAUCUCUUGUCUAAAAAUGUAAUUAUACAUUAUAAUGAUUAUAAAUAUGAUUCUCCGAAAAUCUUUUUACGCUUUGCAUUUUGUGGUCCAAUAUAUGUUUAAGCGGACCAUUUAGGUUUAAAAAUGUUUCCAAAUAAGUUGAAUUGAUGCCAGCUUAUUUCAGGUCUCCGUAGGUUGUAUUUAGCUUGAUUAUUUUUCAUAGCUUACAAAAGCAAUUAAUAAUUUUAUGGUUAUUCAAUAAUAUAUUGGACUAUGAAUAAGCUUACAGGUUUUUAAAUAAAACUUGAAGUUUCAUAUCCAAAGGAAAUUAUGAUAAUAAAACUUCUAU